CCUUACACACGAAACCGAACCCUCUUAUGAAUUCUGACGAGUCUGUCUUCAUUUUCAUUUUCCCAGAAGCUUGGCCUGGAUUUGCUCAUCAUUUCUUGCAUACUUUCCUCGUAGAUUUCGGUCUUUGAGGUAGAACUGGGUGCCAUUCCGCCAACGAUUGCGACUGGAGAUGCGCGACCGUGUACUAUCAUUCAGCUCUGUUAGAUAACAGGAAUGUAAUAUCUAGUUACCCGAACAAAAAACGAUUUGGUCUUCCGGUUUAUGAUUGCAUCGGGAUGGUUUUGUGGCUAGCUGGCUAUACUUUCACUCUUCUUUGGUUGAUAAGGCUCGCUUUCACCCUUCUUUUCGUUGUUCCCGCAUUCGCUUGUCUUUCAAAUGACACGAGUACAGAAGUAUGCGGUAACCGCGUCUUCACGCAGAGAAUUAAAGACGACAUCAACAUGGCAGGAACAUUCGUGGAAGCGGGAAACUCCAUUCUUAUCAUAUCCUUGAUAUUUUUGUGGGGAAAAUUCAACGUCAUGAACUUUUUCUUAGCCGUUCCUCGAUUGGCCGUAUUUUGGUAUUAUAUGGGUUUGUUCUGCGUUCAGAUUGUUUCGAUCAUCAAUAUUGAUAUCCUACCCGGUGAGAGGAGCUGGAUUGCAAUUGGAGUGAGUCUGUUGCUUGAAUUUGCAACUCUGUUCCUGCUGUGUCUUACGCUUAAAUUUGUCAAGAAAUCGGUUGUAAGUGCAUGGACUUACAGAAACACAAGUCAACGGUGGGCAAAAUUUUUGUAUUGUCUUUAUGUGUCAACUCUGUGGAUGUACUUACUGAGGAAUCUAGCGUUGGUGACCUAUGACAUGGCAUUGUUUGCCAUGAAUAUUAACAGUCACGCUAAAAGUAAACAGAUAGACCACAUCACACGAAUCGUUAACAUUGCAAUCAGGAGUAGCUUUGUGCAGUUUUUCUAUGCAGCUAUAUUUAGAAACGUAAAACUGUCAAAAGUGUGCGAGGAGGGUGAUAGUGUCCCACAAACUGGCCGAAGUUUCGAGAAUAGUCUGGACACAGUAUUGGAAUGGGAGCCAUCUAUAAAAUGAUUUGUAAUAAGAACAUAAAGAGUCUAUAAACUUAUAGACUGUGUUGAUGCACAGAUGAAACGUCAUAUGUAGCUUCGUAUCGGUCGAUAAUCGAUCAAUGCAUCAAACAUCGGUCGGCCAACCAAUCAAUCGACUCUUGCUACUUUUACUUUCAACAGAACAGACAUUGCCACUUUGAUGUUUAAAGUUAAGCACAGUCCCGUACCCGAGAAUAUUUCUGACUUAUUUGAUAU